AUGGUGCACAGCUGCCAGGAUCCGUACACUGUGGCUCCCGACAGGCCAGAAUGGAACCCUGCAGAAGACACUGAUGGGCUCGUCGCUGAAGAGGUCUCUGCAGAGGAUACCGAGGCUGUGGCAGUGAAGGCUUUGGGUACGGAUGGUGAGCGACAAGCUCGUGAAUUGGAAAUUGAACUCUCUACUGCAAGGUGGCAAUCUGCCAAGGAGAGGCUUGAGGUGGCGAAGGAGCGAAACGCCAACCAAAUACAGGAGCUGCGGCAGUGGCGGGAGGAGCGCGCAGCAGUGCCCGGAGGCGUCCCAGGAUCCAGCUUCGCGGGUGCACGGAGCGAGUUGCGGGGCGCACUUCACUCACGUAUGGAGAAGUGCGCGGUGUUGAAGAUCCUCUGUUUCGACGAGAAGCGCGUGGAUCCUGAGCCGCUAAGAGCAGCGCUUUCGGAGGCUGAUGUCGCAGGUGCAAGGAACUACGAUCCUGAUCUGAUGGACAACGGCACGCGCAAGUUGCGGGUCCUGGAUGCAGCUGUGGCCUUCCAAGAGUCUAUAGUGACGGCAGAAGCCAAAAUCGACGCCGCUGCAACAGCGUCUUCAGCUGUCCAAGCGAUGGAGGAGGGGAACGAAGGUUUCGCUGAGGCCAAAGAUGCUGCUUCCACUGCAGCGGAAGAAGCUGCAGCGGCCGCAAAUGUGCUCAGCGACUUACUUUCAGAGUUCAAGGGAAGCAUCAAGGAUGCUCAGGCCUGUGAGAUACCAGUGCCUGUGGACUUGUUGAACGAGGAACGAUUGGAGAAGGCAGCAGCUUUGCUUGAGCAACACGCUGCCGCCGCAGCUGCGGUCAGCGCUGAGACCGAGACUGCCUGA